UGUGUGGCCCCUGGACUCUCCUGUCAGGUGUUGGUGACCGUGUGUGGCCCCUGGACUCUCCAUUCAAUGUGACUGGGGUACCCAGUGUAUCCAUUCAGGGUGUCAGGAGCUCUUGGCGAUCUUCAACAUCUGUCAGUGUGUACAGAGCCUCCCUCCACGCCGGCAGACACCAUGCAGCACCCCAGAAGGGACGAGGACACCGGCAAGCUGGAUAACAAGAAUACACUGAAGAAGACCAAGUUUGACCUGCGCAUCAUCCAUGCGUACCUCGCCAAGGUGAAGGAGCAGCGCGAGCUACUGAAAAUCCCAGUGGAUGAGCUGGACACUCAUCUUGCCAAUUUCAUUUGUAGCCACCGCAAGCAGGAUGGUUCAGAGUAUGAACCAGGGACAUUACGUGGCAUCCUAGGCAGCCUGGACCGCCACUUUGAGAAAUCCAACUACCCAUUCGCCAUUUAUAGAUCCAGAGAGACUAAGUUCCAGAAGACAGUCAAAACCAUGAAAGAGAAGCAGAGCUACUUGAAGACCAUCGGCAAGGGAAACCACCCAAACCAAGCCGAGCCGUUGACAGAGCGAGAGAUUGAGCUUCUCUACUCCACUGGCACUAUCGGCCUGCACAACCCAACAGCUCUCUUGCACAUGCUUUUUUUUAAUAUUGGACUCCACUUCAGCCUACGGACCAUGGAGCAGCACAGCCUAAAGUGGGGAGACAUCACACUCAAAGCCGACCCCAGGGGCAGGAAGUACUUGGAGCACAUCAAGAAGUUGACUCCAGGCAGAAAUUUGGGAAAAUUGCACCCAUCCCAAACUAUGAGGAUGCAGAUCUAUGAAAGCCCAGAGCAGCCGGAGAGGGAUGUGGUCAGAGCCUAUGAGAAGUACGUUGUGGAGCGUCCAGAGAAGAUGAAACACAAAGAUUCCCCUUUUUACCUGACUCCACAGCCAGACUGCAGGCCGGGGUAUGCACGCUGGUUUAAAAAUCUCCCAAUGGGAGAGACCAGGAUCCGGAGUAUCAUGAAAAACCUAAAGGUGGCUGCAGGACUCUCGCCUGACAAGAAGAUCACCAACCACAGCCCCAUGAAGACCUUUAGCAUUAGAGGGAACCCUGGGACACUGAGAAUCAAGACUCAGAGGGACGACCUGGCUACGAACGGAGCUUGCAAGGUGUCAGAAACAGCACUCGCCUGCGGUGGCCGCAAGUUGAUCAAAGCUGGUGUGAGCUCCUACUGCGCUGAUGCCGUUUCCGAUACCAAGGUCCAAUACAGUGAUGGGAGCAGCACAAACAGAGCAUCAAACGAACACACAACGAACAGAAAUCGGCUUCUGCCUUCCAGGAUAUCCUCAAUACAGCCUGACUUUAAACUGGCCGAUCACAAGGGCAAGAAGAUUAAAGAAGAGUGGGACAGAGAGCCCAAACAUGCACCCAAGACAAGGAACAAAGGUUUUUUCACGGGUCAGGUAUCCGUCACCUUCCACGACGUAGCAGCGUGCUUCUCCGCAGAGGAAUGGGGUUUGCUGGAGGAAUGGCAGAAAGAGCUCUACAAGAACGUGAUGCGGGACAUCCACGAAGCCCUCCAGGCCAUGGGUUACGCGAUUAUGAAUUCGGAUGUGCUUUUGAAGAUUAAAGAGGAUGAUGAGGCUGGAAAGAGUCCUGAAAAGGUCAAGUCAGAGAUGGAUAGUGCUCGUGCCACCAACAUCAGUCCCGACAUCUUGCUGCGGAUCAAACAGGAUGAUAUUCCAGAUUGGAGGGACCUGGAGGUACCAGAGAAGGAGGAGCUGGAUACCUCAAAUUCCAGUAUCCCAGUGUUUGAUCCUGACCUCUCCCUGUGGAUCUUCAGAGAGGAACCUGAUCUCAGUACUCCUGAUGUUACAGAAGACCAAGUGCUGCCCAGAGACACAGAGGCUGGAACCCAAGAAUUGCAAUCCAUUCCCUCCCCAUUUAAGGAACCGAUGUCUGACACAUCCACCAUGUACAACCCACCUUACUCAGAAGGUCCCCGUCCUGGUAAAAGGAAGAGACGUCCUCCUCAGAGGAGAAGCUGCGAGCACAGACGAGACCUCGAUGAUGAAGAUCAGAUGGAAUGUCAGGAAGAUUAUAAGCACCGUCUUCAAUGCCGCAACCAAACCUUAGAGAGUCAGACUGAAUGGACUGCUCCUGAGAAGUUGUACCAGUGCGAUCUUUGCGACCAGAGUUUCAGUGAUCGGUCCAUCCAGUUCAGGAAUUGUCAAAAUGGGCAUCUCCUCUCCUGUCCUCAGUGUGAAGGCACACUCAGCCUUCACCCACUUUUCAACCGGCCAUCAUGUACUGAGAUCGAGACCAGCUUUGCUCAUACUGUCCGAUUUAAUGACCACUCAGGGGACUCUGUUCUUUCCCAACCAAUGCAGGGGCCAGUGGGGUGAUAUCUGUCAUGUUCCUCUAUUGUAUACACACUGGAUCUUAUUUAUUGAUUUUUUUUUUCUCUCCCAUUCCUCCCAAUUUACCAAGGAGAUAGGGAAUUUUCUGGUUCACCUGGUACUGAGAAGGCAUCUGCUAUCCCUCAGUCUGGGUACAAGGAGAAAUUCCUAAGCUUCUGAUCCUCAGACUUCCAACACAUGCAGGGUUGUUCACAGACUGAACCCCGAUGGGCCUGUAGACACAGAAGAACUCACCAGUUCAGUAAUUUUGCAAAGACAGAUGUUCGAGAUUUCUUACUAAGCUACGGCUUUGGUGGAGACCGAGUACUUUAUCCGUUACUCACUUUGUGCCCAUGGUAUUCUCCUCCUGGCCUUAAUUAUGAGUUCUACGCAACCCAAGAAAUGGAGAGAAAAUAGUUUCUUCGCCCAACAUGUUUCACUAUCUGGGUGCAGGCCUGGGUUUAGAGCUUUUUACCAGGAUAAUUAGGCUUAUUUAUAUGGAGAUGUUGGUCUGUUUGCUGCAAGAGCCUUAUUUAUUUUAUUUUUCAGAGGUGGGGGAUGAUUAACAGGGUCUGGCAGGACAAACGUCACGUGUUUGCAGUGUGAGCUGCAGGGCUUAACUCGUGCCUUAUUCUAAAAUCACUGUCUUCACAGAAUCCUCCCUGUCCCUGACAGGAUAAUUCACAUUAACUCUGCAUUUACCAGGCUGAUCAAUAGAUCCCACCUUCCUUACUAGUUUGUAAUGUGAUUGUCUGCACAGGACAGCUGAUGUUUUUACCAUUAAUUCCUGGAGUGUCUUGCCUGUCCCAUUGCACUUCAAGUGAUAAAUUCACAGUUUUUUAAUGUGCAUGCUAGAAUUAGCGUAUCUAUGCAGGGCUUACACCCUGCGGGCACUAAUCUAUUUUGUACGGUUUAUAAUUGAAAUGCUUUCUUGUGCCCGGUAUGAUUUUAACAGUAUUGUAACCUUUGAAGUGCUGACAGUUAACCUGUUAGGACUAACGCAGUGAAGAUUUUCAGUGUUAGGGAUGUGUGUACAGUUAUUGUGAUAAGGCUAGACUCGCUGGGCGACUUGGGUCCAACAUGCAGACAUUAAACGGACACAGGCAGCCUGUACUGGCAACACACACAGGGCUAUUCGCCAAAGUGAGAAUUCAAAGAGAUUAACCCUUUCAGUGUGGUCACCGAGGGCCCAUAGAAGUAGACCAGCUGAGCCAGCUGUGGAGAACCUGCUUUGUAUCACCAGUUGGCAUCGCAGUAUAGAGAGAAGAAGCUGCAGGAGUUCCAAUCAUGGCACUGGUCGGCAGUUCUGUCUAAUC